AUGUCUACAGUCUUUGUCAACGGCAAGGUCUUCCAGUCGGGCGCCGGCCCCGACGACGAUGCCGUCUUCCACAGUGCCAUGGUUGUUCAGGACGGUGUGGUGCGACAUGUCGGCAGCGAGGCCGACUCGCCCGUCCAGGAGGCCAAGGCUGGCGGCUCCGCAACGGUGCACGACCUCGGCGGACGUACAGUGCUUCCUGGCUUCGUCGACGGCCAUGUCCACCUUCUCGCGCUCGGCUACUCUCUCAACAAGGUGCCGCUCGAGGGCUGCCACAACAUUGAGGACAUCCGCACGCUCAUCAAGGACUACGCCGUGGCAAAUCCCAAUGUCCCGCGCAUCCUGUGUCGCAACUGGAUGUUCUCCAUGACGCCCGGCGAGGUGACGGCAGACAUGAUUGACGACCUGGACCCGCGGCCCAUCUAUAUUGAGAGCAAGGACCUGCACGCGACGUGGUGCAACACGGCGGCGCUCAAGGACCUGGGCAUCUACGACGACUUGGACAAGGUGAUCAAGGGCGGCACGAUCCACCGCCACGCCGGUACCAAGCGGCCCUCGGGCUUGCUGAGUGAGGCGGCCGUCUUUGACCUGGUGUGGCCGUACCUGUCCACUGUGGCCACGCUGCAGGAGCGCACCGAUGCGGUCGCGUCCGCCGUCGACGUCUACUCGGCGCAGGGCUACACGGGCGUCGUGGACAUGGCCCUGCAAGAAGAGUCGCUCGAGGCCAUGAUCCACUACGUGGCCACACGGCCCGACAAGCGCCGGCCCAUCCGCAUCGCGGCGUACUGGCUCAUCAAGCCGCGCGACUCCGAGGCGGAGCACCUGGCGCAGGUCGACCGCGCCAUUGCACUCGCCAAGAUCCACAACGGCGCCGCCGGCCGCAGCGGCGAGACGCUGCCGUCGCUGCGCGUCGUCGGCAUCAAGGUCGUGUGCGACGGCAUCGUCGACGCCUGCACAGCGGCACUGACCGAGCCCUACGGCGACUCUGCGCGCACGGCCGCGGACCCCAUCUGGUCGCCCGAGAUGGUGGCGCCCGUCGUGGAGCGUGCCACGGCGGGCGGCCUGCAGGUGGCCCUGCAUGCGAUUGGCGACAAGGCGAUUGCCAUGGCGGUCGACACCAUUGCCCAGUUCGCCGGCCAGAAGACGCUGCGCCCGCGCAUCGAGCACCUGGAGCUUGCCUCGCACGCGGACGCCGUCCGCCUCGGUGCGCUCGGCAUCACCGCCAGCGUCCAGCCGGUGCACGCCGACCCGGCCAUCCUGCGCGCGUGGCCGCGCCUGCUUGGCGAGCACCGCUGCGGCCGCGCGUUUGCCUACCGCGCGUUCCAAGACGCGGGCGCGCCGCUGGCGAUUGGCACGGACGCACCCACGGCGCCGCGCGAGCCGCUGGCCAAUGCAUACAUUGCGACCACGCGGCGGUCGGCCCGGGAGCCGGAUGCCGCCGACCUGGGCGCGGUCAACCCGCACUUUUCUCUGACGUUGUGCCAGGCGGUGACGGCGGCGACGCGCGGUGCGGCCUACUCUGUGUUUGCGGACGGCGAGACGGGCUCGCUCGCACCGGGCAAGACGGCCGACUUUGCCGUGGUGGACAUGGCCUGGGACGCGUCCAAACUGUUGGGCGCGGUGAUUGAGGAGACAUGGUACGGUGGCAAGCAGGUGUAUAAGAAGUGA